AUGACCGAGAGCAAGUCAAUAAACGAGGUCGCGUGCAACCGCGUCGAUGCCAAGCGCGAGGCGGAGGCCAAGCGCGAGCUGAACCACCUGGAGGGCAUCCGGCACGAGGCAGCCCGCACGGCGGAGUCCGAGCAUCAGUUGGCUAAGCAGGCGCAGAGCAUGAUGGAGGCAGAGUGCAAGGCGAAGGCAGAGCGCAAUCUGACGCAACAGUCGCAGAGCAUGGCGGAGGCAGUGCGCGAGGCCAAAGUCGAGGUGGAGAGCAAGCUCGUGGAGGCCGAGCGCCCAGCAGAGCAUUUCGAGGGCAUGCUGCACGAGGCAGAGCGCAAGGCAGAGGCCGAGCGCAAGCUGGCCACCCUGAAGAACUGCGAGUUCGCAGACGAGACAACAACGUCGAUUUUUCGGCAGGCAGCCCUCGCGGGCUACGGAGUGGCGCAGCUGUUGAAAGAGGCUGCUGGCUUAU